CCGCCUGCGAACACAAGUAAAGAGAAGCAUGGCUCUGUACUCGGGAAACAUGGCUCUAAGAGGGACGCUGCGCUGCUCGGUGGGCCGCUCAGGGCUUGGACUGGAGCUGGCUCGGGUGCUACGGGCGACUCGAGCUCCCUUCUCGGCCCAUUCUUCGUCUCCUCCUCGUCCCACAUCCGCCUGGCCCCGACUGAGCAGCACAUUCCGGAGCAGUAGUGAGCAAGGCCAGGCACGCGGUGGCAGCACAAGCAGCGUCGGCAUCUUCUCCACGUCGCUCGGCCUCUCGCUCGGCAUCUUUGGCUUCUUCCAGUCUCAGAAGUCGCUCAGCCUGGAGUCGAGCACCGCUGCUCCCGCGCCCACACCGCAGUCACCACCACCACCAUCAUCAACGACGCCUCCCGCGCCCAAGGAUCUGCCCCAGUCACAAGUCAACCCUUACAAUCUCGGCUUUGGCACCGUGUGUGGCAUCUGCGCAGGCGUCUUUAUCAAAAAGGGCGCAAAGUUCAUCGCCUUUCUCCUCGGCGGCGCAUUCGUGCUUCUCCAAUACCUCAACUCCCAGGGCCUCGUCCGAGUCAACUGGUCGGCGCUCUCGAAGCGCUACGAAUCUUCUCUGGACAGUGCAGCGUCCACCAACCCGCGCGCAGUGGCCGCCGACAAUGCGUCGAGCGGCAUGACCGAGUCGGUCACGUCGCAGCGCGGCUGGAAGGACUCGCGCGCGGCCCGGCUCUGGAACCGCUUUGUCCACUUUCUCACCGCCGACUUUCCCACGCGCGGCACCUUCCUGGCCGGCCUCGCUCUGGGUCUCCGGCUGGGCUGAUUUUGCCUCUCUCUGUACAAUAAGCUCCUCCCGUUGUCAUCACUCCUCCUCCUGCUGUUGUGCAC